AUGAGAAAGCUUUCGACAGCGUACAAACGAAUGCAAUAUCGUCGCGAGCUGGUCGAUCAAAGUGUGGAUGCGUCGUAUGUGACGACAUUAGCCAAUUGCUACGAUCGAUGUACGACUAGGAUACAGAUUUUCCACCGCCCUCUCACGAUACCCAUUGAAAAGGAGGUACGACAAGGCAAUACUCUAUCGCCGAAGCUGUUCAUGGCUGUAUUGCAAUGGAUAAUGAAGUCACUUUUCUGGGAAGAAAAGGGCAUACGCGUUGAUGGAAGAUUUCUCUCGAAUCUUCGUUUCGCGGACGACAUCGUUCCCUUUUCGAGAAGUACCAAUGAAGCAGAAACGAUGCUCAAGAAACCACAGCGAAAAGCAGGAAAGAGAAUAGGAUUGCGAAUAAACAGAAAGAAGACAUAG